AUGCGCCGAGGGGGAAUCGAACCCCCGGCUCCCCGACGCUGCUUGGUGGCAACGGAGAAUUUUACCACUAAACCAUCGGCGCUGUUGAUGGUGAUCAUAUGUCUCUGCAGACAGAUGGUUGGCGACGACACCAUCGGCGACCCUCUUGUAUUCUGA